ACAUUCCCUAAUGUCUUUUAUUAUUUUCACAACUUCAAGUUGUUUUCAGUUUUCAGGUUUCGUUUCGAUUUUAUUUUGGUUUCGGAUGUCAAAUGUUUUGCUGUUUCUGUUGUGCGGAUCAGAGUGUUUGUUGCCUUUAAGAGACACAGAUUAAUUAAUUUCUUAAUGAAACUGAUGCGGUGGGAUUGGGUGUUGUGUUUAACUCGAAAUUAGGAUUUACUAGGUUUCUUGUUCUGGGAAUACUCUUUUGUUCUGAAUGCACUGUUACCUAACUUAGUAACUAUUUUGUGAACAUGGAUUUAGUUCCUAAUGCCAUGUUUUUUAUUUUAUGCUGAAUUCAAACCCUUAGUGGACUACUUUUGGAAUUGGUAUUACAUAUUGUUGUUAUUGGUACUAGAUCUUCAUGUAAAUGAUGUGCUAAAUAAUCUAUUGUUAUAAAACGCACUAUUGUGUUCUCACUUGCAAGAUAUAGAUUACUUUGGUUAAAACAGCUUAUAGGAAUAGGGAGAAGCAAGAUUUUAAUAUAUAAAGUUAUCUAUCUGUGGUUUCCUGAUUAGGAUAAAGGUUAAUCUCCUUUUUCAAGGCCCCGUGCAAAGGUCUUGCUACAUUUGGUUCGGAAUAUUAUGGUGGAAUUAUAUACGUGAUCAAGACUCAAAUCUGGAAAAAGUGCAGACUGCAAAGCUUGUUGCUACUAAUCUAUGCCUUGUUGCGUUCUACUUUUCUGAUUUAGAUGGAUGUUACUUCCCUGGGUUCAAAUAGCAAUACCCAAACCGACCAACACCCUUUGUUGAUGGAGCAGCCAGAAACCCAUAAUGGUCAUCAGCAUGUAAUUGACAUUACAAGGAAUGGUGAAGCUCUAACUACGUCAUCUCGUAAUGAUCAAUACUCUGAAAUGCAUUUACCACAGAAUGAAGAUCAAGCAGCUGGGGAUGCACAAAAUUCCAGUCAUCAAACAUCAUCAUCUUCUGCACCCAGAUUAAACUCUAGAAAUUCAGCUUCAUUGAGAAGAGGUGAGGGAUAUGGUCAUCAUGGAAGGAGUCCAUUGAAUUCUGGACUGUGGAUUUCUGUUGAGCUUGUUGUCACUGUGAGUCAGAUCAUAGCAUCUAUCGUCGUUUUGUCAUUGUCCAGGAAUGAAAAUCCCCAGGCCCCAUUAUUUGCAUGGAUUGUGGGCUAUGCAUCUGGUUGUGUUGCCACACUUCCCAUUCUCUACUGGCGUUUUCGAAACCGUAAUCAAAGCAAUGAACAAGAUACCUCUCAAGCAUCUCAAGGAUCUUCUGGAAGCAAUCCUCCAGAUCGUUCUUAUAAUUCCAUCCAUGUUUCUCAUGUCUCAGAUGAGGAGAAUGGUCAUGCUACACGAUCAGCCUCAAGAAACACUAUAAUGCCUGGAGCCUUUACUUCUAGGCUUAAUGGAUUAGUAGACCAUUUCAAGAUGGCCCUGGAUUGCUUCUUUGCAGUUUGGUUUGUAGUAGGAAAUGUUUGGAUCUUUGGAGGUCACACUUCUCCUUCUGAUGCUCCACAAUUGUAUAGGUUAUGUAUUGUUUUUCUUACCUUUAGCUGUAUCGGAUAUGCAAUGCCAUUUAUACUUUGUGCAACUAUUUGUUGCUGCCUACCUUGUAUAAUUUCUGUUUUGGGCAUUCGAGAGGAUUUUUCUCAGAAUAGAGGAGCAACAGUAGAAUCAAUUAAUGCGUUACCGAUAUUCAAGUUCAAAUUGAAGAACAAUGAAAAUGGUGAUGACCAGGAUGUCAAUGCAGCUAUAGAUGAAGGUGGAAUUUUGGCUGCAGGGACAGAAAAGGAGCGAAUGAUUUCAGGAGAAGACGCUGUUUGUUGCAUUUGCUUAGCAAAAUAUGCAGAUGAUGACGAGCUUAGAGAGUUACCUUGCUCUCACUUUUUCCACGUAAUGUGUGUUGACAAAUGGUUAAAGAUAAAUGCAACCUGCCCUCUUUGUAAAAACGAAGUUGGUACGAGUAAUGGAGGGUCCCCUUCAGCCUGGAACUCCAGUACGUAGCUGAAGGCACGUAUCCCCCAUCAAGUUGCAGCUUUUCAAGUGUACAUCAUCAAACUUUUGGAUUCUGCUUUCAAGGUGAGAUCCAAGGAUAGAUGCAAAUCAAGUAAUUCCUUUAAACAUGUGAUGUUACGUGCUAGUGAAAGGUUGAGAAUGUGUUUCUACCCGCUCUGGUCACCUCUCUUUUUGCGCUUUUUUCACCGGUUUUACAUACUCACCAAGUAUUGUUUGUAGAAAAUAGGAUGUUUCAAAUCUUUCUUCGUUUAUCAGUUCUGUAUAUAUAACAAUUUCUAGUGAAAAUGUUAAUUUUUUUUUUUAAUUUAAAACUGUAAAAUGAGCUGAAUGUUUUUGUUAAAUGUUACUAUUUUUUAUAUCGCGAUGAUGAUGUCAACCCAA